UCCUUCUGUCUGAACCUGAAAACUAAAUUCUAUAAAUAGGAACCCGUGCACUUACAUUCGACAUAGCUUUCACAUAAUUAACUUACACAUCACACUGCCGUUCACCGAAUUCAAAAACUAUUUGGCAGAAUUAGACAAAAAUUUUCGGUGAAUCGAGCCAGUUUGAAGUGUAGAAAUUAAAAAUUUUGGGUCAAUAUAAACCUUACCAUCUGUUUAUUCCGCUAACGAUGGGUGAACAAAAAGUCCCCUCAUAUCCCGAACUGGGCAAGCUGGCCCGUGAUCUGUUCAGGCGCGGCUAUCAUCCGGGAAUCUGGCAGAUUGAGACCAAGACCCUGACCAGUUCAGGCAUUGAGCUCUUGUCCUCUGGCUUCGCCAACCACGAUAACACCAAGGUUAAUGGCAUGCUGCAGAGCAAGUAUAAGAUGGAAGACCAGGGCCUGACACUCAGUGAGGGAUGGAAUACGGAUAAAUGGCUAUUUGGCGAGAUCAUGCAUAAGGACAAGUUGGCCGAGGGCUUGACGUUGGCCCUGGCGGGCAGGUACCAGCCGGCAUUCAACGAACUUGAAGGUAAAUUCAAGGUGGGAUUUGUCCAGGAAAAGUUCCACAUUCUGGCUGAUACGGGUCUACACUCGCAGCCUAUUCUGAAUGCAUCGUUGGUGGUGGCCCAAGACGAGUUCCUUGGUGGCGUGGGAUGCGAAUUCGACAUAUCCAACGUCAAUUUCAGCGGCUGGAAGGUGGCUCUGGGCUAUGCUAAAGAACCGGCCACCGUUCAUGCCGAACUGCGGAACGGUGGUUCCUGGCUGGCUUCACUCUUCUACAAGGUGAAUGAUCAAAUCGACGCGGCUGUCGAGAUCGCCAGAGCAGCCAUUCUUAGAACCGCUCGUAAUGAAGAAAAUCCCGAGGGUCAACAAGAAGAAGUUGAGGUGGGCGGAAAUACGACCGUCAGUCUGGGCAUGAUCUAUCACGUGGAUGAGAACGCCCUCAUCCGUGCCAAAGUCAACAGUGCGAAGGAGUUGGGCUUGGGCUACGAACAGAAAUUCGGAGAGGGAAUCACUGCUUCCAUUUCGGCGGUCCUUGACUUUGGCAGCUUUUCGUCUGGUAACCACAGGUUUGGUGUGGGCGUGGCUCUGCAAUGCUAACUUCGUUAAUGGUUUCUAAUUCCAAAUUGGUUAAUAUUACAAUAAAAUAUAAGUAUAAAGGCAAACAUAA